AUGCCCUCUUCCUCUUCCAUGUUCAUAUCAUCUUGGAUUGCUGCCUGUUCUGAAGUUGGUGCAAUGGAGCUUGGAGCUCCACCUGCUGGACCUGGAGCCUGUUCAGGACCUGAAGUCAGCGGCGAUCUGCAGUACCUGGAGGUGGAGCUGGCGAGGCCCUGGGAGGGUGGCGGCAAUCUGCAGCAGGGCGCUGGCCUUGGGAUGACGAGGUGGGGGAUCUGCUGGCCCAGGACGAUGAGGGGGAUCUGCUGGCCCAGGAAGAUGGGGAGGAUGGAAGGGGGUCUGUUGGGCGAGAUGGGAGGCGAUGGAGGUGGAGGUGGAGUAUCUGGAGGUGGUGAUCAUCAACCGGCGCUGUCAAAUAACUUCAAAGAUUGGGUAAAGCGAUUGCCAGGUGAAACUAAAAAUCUGUUUAAAGUGGUCGAGUGCUGGUCCUAG